AUGACCGUCGAUGCGAAAGAACAGGCUACCGAAAUUAAAAAGAAGAAGGCUACGGUGCGGAAAAAGAAAACACCGAAGGUUCAGCCGUCGAUAGCUGCUCACAUACCACCGUACAACAUAGUUGCCGAUUUACAACAGCAACGAGCGAACAUUACCUUCGGACAGCUAUUUCAGAUAUCACCAAAGCUCAGAAGAGACGUUGGAAAAAGUUUACGGAAACCAAUGACUAGAAGCGCUAAAUUCGCUCAUCAGGACGUACAAAAUACGACAGCAAUGUAUUGCGACGCCAUGAUAAAAGGGAAAAGAAUCCCAUUAAUUGUCGAUACAGGAGCAGCUGGUAGUAUUGUUACCUGUCAGCUGUUGAAUGACUUGGGAAUUGCGAUAGACCGACCAUCUGCUAUUGUGAUGAUAAACGUCAAUGGGAAAAGAAACGGCCAUUGGGUGAAGUGCUGGAUUUUCCGAUAA